AUGCCGCCUAAAAGACUUUGUCAUUUUAACGAAAAGUUGCAAGAUGAUUUCCCAUUUAUUAAAAAACUUAAAUCUACUGACGAUUUCAAUGUACAGUGUACAACUUGCCAUGGAACUUUUUCAGUAAGUCAUGGUGGACGAUCGGACAUAAACGAUCACCUUAAAACGCAAAAACAUAAGUUAGCUACAAGRUCAUCGAUUCAAUCUGGUAAAGUUUUCAACUAUUUUUCUGCUUUGGUUCCUACUGAAAAUGAUUUUUUGUUAGCCGCCCGCGAAGCUACUUUUGUGUAUUAUACAGUAAUUCACAAUCACAGUUUUCGUUCUAUGACUUGUACAUCGGAACUGAUUCGUCAAUGUUUAAACGACAAAAAAUUCACGUGUGCAAAAACAAAAACCAGGGAAAUAGUUGUCAACGUUAUUUGCCCGUACAUAGUUGAUAAUACUUUAAAAGAACUAUCUUCUGCGAAUUAUAUAUCUGUUUUAGUUGACGGUUCCCACCACAAAGCAAUUAAACUAGUACCUGUUGUUGUUCGUUAUUUUUUGCCUCAUGUUGGUGUAAAAAACAAAAUACUAGAGUUCUCAAAUUUGCCCGGUGAAACGUCUGAUUUAAUUACUUCUAAAAUUAUUGACGUUCUUACUAAAUUCGGAUUAAAGCAAAAAAUUGUUGCACUAUCGGCUGAUAACACAAACACUAAUUUUGGUGGAUUAAAUAGAAAAGGAAAAAAUAACGUGUACACAAAACUUCAGACAGAAUUAAAAAAAGAUAUACUUGGAUUAAGUUGCAACGCUCAUAUUCUACAUAACGCUGUACAAAUCGCGUCAGAUAAUUUACCUAUUGACGUAGAAGCUAUUACAGUUAAACUUUUUGGAUAUUUCCACAUUUMUACAGUGCGGGUAGAAAAAUUAAUAGAAUUUUGCAAUUUUGCUGAUGUCCAAUACCGUGAUAUUUUAUCACAUGCCAAAACUAGAUGGCUAUCGCUGUCUCCUGCAAUUGACAGAAUUAUUUUAAUGUUUGAUGGCCUAAAGUCAACAUCUGAGACAUGGGUGGAGGGCGCAGCUGAUGAGUUUGAUGUGUUUGAUUCUAGUAAGUCGACUUUGGUUCGGAGAUCAGAGAUUUCAAGUGAGUGGGCAUCAAAACGUGAAGUGAGAGCAUUGAUACUCGAUUUGAGUUCAGUACCUAAGGAUUUGUGGCCUGCCAAUAAUUUAUCUUGA